GAUGACGUUGUUAUAGUCGGGGGCUGGAGUGGCAUCAACAUAUCACAUAUUUCGGUUAUAUUAUGGGAAAGUGACUAGUCUUGCUCAUUCCUUGAGUCUGAUUAUUAUUAUUAACUUGAGUCUGAGUAAACAAACACGACCUGAGGAGGACUGAAGGCUUUAGUGUGUCCUGCAGCCAUCGGGAAGGAAAAACAGAAACUACGCCAACUGCAGAUACCGUAAAGAAGAGUUAGCAGUUCAAGCAAACUUAAAGAAAUGAAGGAGGAGGAAAAGAAAGAAGAUAGGAACAAGACUAAGCAAAGGGAGUUAAUGUAUAAGCUGAUAAUCAGUCAGCUGUUUUAUGAUGGACACCAGACAUAUGCUCAGGAACUGGCUACUGUGGUGGAUCAAGAAGCUACUGCUGUCUCCCCCUCAGAUCGGCUCAUGAAUUUAUUGAAUAUUGGCUUGCAGCAUGAACAUGAGGUGGAAAGGCCCCUUAAUCGUUUGGAGUACACCCUUGGGCCUGGCCUUGACCUGGAGUAUGAAACGGAACCCCAGACCAGUGCUCCAGAGCCAGCUAUGUACGAGACAGCAUAUGUCACAUCGCACAAGGAUAAGUGUCGAGCUGCAGCCUUCUCGCUGGAUGGUAAUCUUGUGGCAACUGGAAGUGUUGAUGCUUCUAUUAAGAUUCUAGAUGUAGAUCGUAUGCUGGCCAAGAGCGACCCAGAUGCAGUAGAGCUUCAUCCAGAUGCUGUAGUGGGUCACCCUGUUAUCCGUACCCUUUAUGAUCAUUUGGAUGAAAUAACCUGUCUCGAAUUCCACCCACGGGAACAAAUUCUUAUCUCUGGAAGCAGAGAUACAAAUGUUAAGAUGUUUGAUUUUAGCAAGACAUCUGCAAAGAAAGCAUUCAAAACUUUGACUGAUGCUGAGCAAGUCACUAGUAUGUCAAUUCAUCCUAGUGGGGAUUUCUUGGCUGUGGCAACAGAGGGGGCUGUGGUGAGGUUUUAUGACAUAAACUCUGGUCAGUGUUAUGUUUGCCCAUACCCUCGUGAACACCACACUGGCCCACUCACAUCUGUGCGAUAUUCAGCAGAUGCCAGAGUCUGUACAUCGGCUUCCAAAGAUGGUGAUGUUAAGGUAUGGGAUGGCAUAUCAGGACGUUGUGUUCAGACAUUUUCAAAAUGCCAUGAUGGGGCUGAGGUUUGCUCGGUUCUCUUCUCUCGUAAUGGAAAGUACAUUCUGUCUUCUGGCUUGGACAGUGUUGUGAAGUUAUGGGAGCUCUCAACAGGGCGCUGUCUUAUUGCAUACACUGGUGCUGGAUCCGUUGGCCGUCAAGAACACAGUGCCCAUGCAAUGUUCAACCAUACAGAAGACUUUGUGAUGUUUCCUGAUGAAGCAACUACUUCACUGUGUGCCUGGGAUGCUCGCAAUGCUCAACGGAAAAAUUUGCUCUCCUUGGGGCAUAAUGGACCAGUGAGACACAUGGUUCAUUCCCCAUGUUCUCCAGCAUUCAUUACAUGUUCUGACGACUACCGUGCACGGUUUUGGUACAGAAGGAAUGUCCAUUAAUGUUUGCAUAAUUAAGACAACGUAAUUUUCACCACAUCUGAUAACAAAGUUGUGGGACAGAAGAUCCAAAAGGCCAAGAAAACUCCAGAGACAAUCACCUGUAAAAGAAA